AUGGAGUUCAAAUACUCGGAAGUCGUUGAACCCUCAACUUAUUACACUGAGGGACUUUGCGAAGGUAUCGAUGUGCGCAAGAGCAAGUUCACCACUCUUGAGGAUCGAGGUGCCAUUCGUGCUCACGAGGACUGGAACAAGCACAUUGGUCCUUGCCGUGAAUACCGCGGAACGCUUGGGCCCAGAUUCAGCUUCAUCUCGGUGGCUGUACCGGAGUGCAUACCGGAGAGACUGGAGGUCAUCUCGUACGCGAACGAGUUUGCCUUUCUGCACGAUGAUGUUACCGACCAUGUUGGUCACGACACAGGCGAGGUCGAAAAUGAUGAGAUGAUGACGGUUUUCCUCGAGGCCGCCCAUACCGGUGCGAUCGACACCUCAAACAAGGUCGAUAUUCGGCGGGCAGGAAAGAAACGGAUUCAAUCACAGUUAUUCCUUGAGAUGCUGGCAAUCGAUCCUGAAUGUGCUAAAACCACUAUGAAAUCUUGGGCACGGUUCGUAGAGGUCGGAUCCAGCCGACAACACGAGACUCGUUUUGUCGAGCUGGCUAAGUACAUACCGUAUCGCAUUAUGGACGUUGGAGAGAUGUUCUGGUUUGGACUUGUUACCUUUGGGCUUGGCCUUCACAUACCCGAUCAUGAGCUCGAACUUUGCCGCGAACUUAUGGCAAAUGCCUGGAUUGCUGUGGGCUUGCAGAACGACAUCUGGUCUUGGCCAAAGGAGCGAUAUGCCGCGACGCUCCACGGCAAGGACCACGUCGUUAACGCAAUCUGGGUCCUGAUGCAGGAGCAUCAGACGGACGUAGAUGGAGCUAUGCAGAUCUGUCGGAAGCUCAUCGUAGAGUACGUCGCCAAGUACCUCGAGGUUAUUGAGGCUACUAAGAACGAUGAGUCGAUCUCGUUAGACCUGCGCAAGUACCUCGACGCCAUGCUUUACAGUAUUUCUGGGAAUGUUGUUUGGAGUCUUGAAUGCCCACGAUACAACCCAGAUGUUUCAUUCAACAAGACACAAUUGGAAUGGAUGCGUCAAGGACUGCCAUCUUUGGAAUCAUGUCCUGUACUGGCACGAAGCCCUGAGAUCGACUCAGACGAAUCUGGAGUUUCACCCACCGCAGAUGAAUCGGACUCUACAGAGGAUAGCUUGGGAAGCGGAAGUAGGCAGGAUUCUUCGCUGAGCACUGGGUUGUCUUUGUCGCCUGUUCACAGCAACGAAGGCAAGGAUUUGCAGAGAGUCGACACCGACCAUAUAUUCUUCGAGAAAGCGGUCCUCGAGGCGCCCUAUGCCUACAUUGCUUCCAUGCCAUCUAAAGGAGUCCGAGAUCAAUUUGUCGAUGCUCUGAACGACUGGUUGCAUGUUCCUGAUGAUAAGGUGGGAAAGAUAAAGGAUGCUGUCCGUGUUUUGCACAACUCUUCGCUGCUGCUCGACGACUUCCAAGACAACUCUCCCCUAAGACGCGGCAAACCGUCGACGCAUAACAUCUUUGGGUCAGCACAGACUGUGAACACGGCGACUUACUCAAUAAUAAAAGCAAUCGGCCAGAUCAUGGAAUUUUCUGCAGGCGAAUCUGUCCAAGAGGUAAUGAACAGUAUUAUGAUCUUGUUUCAAGGCCAAGCCAUGGAUCUCUUCUGGACAUAUAAUGGACACGUACCCAGUGAAGAAGAAUAUUACCGGAUGAUCGAUCAAAAGACUGGGCAGCUGUUCUCAAUCGCCACCAGUCUUCUUCUAAAUGCAGCAGACAAUGAGAUUCCCAGGACAAAAAUUCAAAGUUGUCUUCACCGGCUGACGCGUCUACUUGGACGCUGUUUCCAGAUACGUGACGAUUAUCAGAACCUUGUUUCUGCCGACUACACAAAGCAGAAGGGUUUCUGCGAGGAUCUUGAUGAAGGGAAAUGGUCUCUAGCGCUGAUCCACAUGAUUCACAAACAGCGGAGUCAUAUGGCAUUACUCAAUGUGCUAUCAACGGGGAGAAAGCAUGGUGGCAUGACUUUGGAGCAGAAGCAGUUCGUGUUGGACAUCAUAGAGGAGGAGAAAAGUCUGGACUAUACCAGAUCCGUCAUGAUGGGCUUGCACGUUCAGCUGCGCGCUGAAAUAGGACGGAUUGAGGUUCUGCUUGAUUCUCCCAACCCUGCCAUGAGGCUUUUGCUGGAGCUUCUGCGAGUCUGA